UGCUCAGACCACGUUCAAAUGGCUCAUUGAAGGUUCUCAGCUGUGUUGGAAGACGCAUAAUGUUCAGGAAUAUGGCUUCCAGUGGACAUAAUGAGUAUCCACUGUCCGAUCGCUCAUACAGCAUUUCGUGUUCCCUCCUUUUCGUCGGCCAAUUCAAUACUCCCAUCGCCUCGCAAUGUCCCGCGCAUACGAUGCGUCUUCCGAGAUAUUCUCCCUUUACUCGCACCCUAUGACGCGGGCAAGCUCGGUCACCGAUGAUUCCGACCCUCUGGUGACGCCCAUGGAUGAAGCUACCAUUAUCCAAGGUUCAAAGUCCAACUUUUCUGGAGGGAAGACUUCUGGCGAUUUUGUCCGCGUCCGAUCGCUUAGUCCCGAGCCAUCACGAUGCCUCCCCAGGGAGACGCGCCUCGAAGUGCUUCAUGAGGUCGGCGAGCCGGAUAUGGAGCCUUAUGGACCAUAUUUCUCCCUUCCACGCGACCCGACGUCUACUUCGAGCGGCCUUACACGACGGCGGACGACCAAGGAGCUGAUUGGGCGGUUUGAGUCGAUGACGCCUGGCGCAGAGACGAGAUCGACCGACCCUAGGACACUGGAGCAGAAGGCCCGCCCUGGUGCAUAUCCUGCGAUUGAGAAGAAGGAGAAGGGCCGCUCGCCUCUCCGCCAGUCUAUCCGUAACAUUCUUUCCGUGUUCAGGAAGAAGUCCUCUGUCAGCUAUACACGUCCUGCGAUUUCUGAGCAAGUGGAUGUUUUCUCGUCGAUACCAGUGGAUUCAUCGUCUCGAUAUCCUCCGUUCGUGCAGACAUCCAAGCCGGAACGAAUUGAUGACUCGACGAACUUUAGCAUCUGCACCACUCCGUUAGAACCGGCACAUGCGCGUCAUUCUGGCUCUCUUCUCCAUCUAUCGCCAUCCGCUUCUCCCGAUAUGCAUCCAGUGUGGACGAACUGCAACGUUACGCUUCAUUCGACUCACAUCCUCCUUACGUGGCAUACGCAUCACGGCAACCCACACACAAACGUCAUCUCAUUCAAGGCCUGUGUGGAUGUUCGGUCUCUGACUCAGCUUGACUUGGACCCGAAUGAAAGAGCUCUGUUACCAUCGGAUGCAGGAGAAAUGAAAUUGUUCGAAUUGUUGUUCGAGGGCAGACCCCGGGAGACGUUCGCGGCAAAGUCUGUCCAUGAGAGAGCAACGUGGGUCAGCAAAAUAUGGGAUGCGAUUCUACAAGCACAAGAAGAGAGGACAGAAGCUUCAAGUAUGGCUGCCGCCCAAAUCAUGUCAGAGAUCAACGCAGCCGCAGACAACCUACCUGUCACUCCAUAUCGCCAGAAUAUCCAUUUAUCAGUUUGUGAAACACCAGCGGCCACUCCCUCGUCGAAGCUGAACGUCAACCGUGCUCUACCUAGCAUUCCAACUACCACAUCAGACAGCCCAGCUCCGCGGCUUUCAUUACAGAUUCCAUCCAGUACACGUUCCUCUCCAUCUCCUGCGCUUUCUCCGCUUCCAAGGCCGCCGACGACUCCGACCAGGCCGUCUUCUCUGCUUUCGCCUUCGACACCGACAAGAACGCAGAGUCCCUCGAUCCGGAAUCUCGAUCAGCGCUCGAUGGUCAAGCAGCUUCUGGCACAGCUCGAGAGAGGGGAAUCACCCUCUUCUCCUGUGCGUUCCUCUCCUGCCUCCAUCGGAUCUCCUACUCCUAUGCGUGCUCGAAACGCAGCGGACACAGGAUCGACUAAUCCUUGCGCAAGUCCCGCUUCGAGCGUGGGUGCCUCUUCGAUACUUGAUUCGUAUGGCGGGCCGCGUGUUACGUCAUCUCUCUCAGCAUAUUCGGAUCGCUUGACAUCUGCACCGUACAGUCCGCGUCCGCUCUCAGCGAAUUCAGAUCGUUUAACGUCGGAGCCUUCUAGCGCAAGGACGCCGACAGCUUCCAAUGAACGUUGGAGGCCGGCGAUGAAGCAAUCCACUCUACAUGAACCUUCCGCUCUUGAUACGACUGUCAUAUCGCCCGCUUCCAGGUAUUCCACGGACGAUACUUCCCAGAUCGGCCCGCCUACAUCAGCAGAUCUCCCUGCAUCCGUUCUGCAGGAAGCUGAUCCGCAACCUAGUCGUCGUCCUAUCAUAAGGUUAGAUACGGACACCAGCGCGUGGAAGCCGCCUGUGGUACUUCGUGACGAGCCGCCAAACCCGCAUCCGGAUCCGAUAAACAUCGAGCUGCAGAGCAUGGUAAAGGCUGUAGGACAGUCCGUGAGCCACCUUCGAGGACAAUCCGAGGUUGAUGGCACUACCAUAAAGGAUAUACGUCUUAGGGUGAACCAGAUCCUGGAGGAGAUCCGACGUAGACCCGCGCAAGAUGUGCAACCCACGGUGGAUUUGUCUAGCAUCACGGAGCAGCUGGAGACGUUGCGUUCAGAGUUGCGGACUGUUCAACAAGCAGCUCCGUCAGCUGCCGCUGAGCCUGCCGGGUUGUCAGAUAUGCACGCGAAGAUGGAUAAGCUGAUUGCGUUCUAUGACAACCUAGAGGGCAGUCAUAGUCUCUCUUCUCAGAGAGAGGAGCCAAGCGCAGAAAUAAACCAACAAAUUGAAGAAAUUUUGUUACUAUUACAGAAUGCGCAAGAUCAAUGGGCAAAGCAGAACGAGCAGCAGACAGACAGUGUACGAUACCUCAAUGAGUUGAACACUUGGCUCGAAGCCUUCGUCAACCACGGAACUUCCCACAUCGAGAGCGUCGCCGCGGGCAUCCAGCAGCUGUGUAAGGACCUCGGUCCCAUACCAGAGCUGGCAGAAUCUGCCGAAGGCGAAGAGCCGCGAUCGUCAGGCACCCUCCUGGGAGAUAUCCGCAGGCUGCUGAUCGAGAACCAGAGUCGUGAAGAGCAGUCUACGGCGUUGCAUGCGUCCGUCAAUGGGUUAAUCGCUGCUGUUCAGGAAGACCUACGCAAGAACGCAGAGGCUCGAAAUAUGCUUACAACUGAAUCUGUGGUUGGCCUUAUAGAUAGGCAGAGGCAGGAUCAUGAACGGAUGUUGCGUACUCUUGGCACUGCUUUCCAACGAGAUCCGUGGGGAACGGUUGAGGUUCGUGGAAGCGAUGAAAGAAGCUACCGCCAUCAACGUACAAAUCCAUGUCGAGGAGUUUAAGAAAGAGCUGACCAGAGAAGUCCUCCUGAUGACGCAAGAGGUUGGCCGAUUGCAGCGAGAACGUCAGGGACUAGAGCAGCAGAUCGCAGAUCUGUUCGCAUUUUACGCCAAACAGAAACAAGUUGGCGCGCUCCUGCAAUCCUCGACGCGGCAAAAUAUGCAGGGUCAGCCUCGUCAUCAACAGCUGCA